CUAGCGGACUAUGGCAUGAAUUAUGGAACGGCGCACUCCAGCGGAGCGGAAUGAAUACACGCACAAUACGCCAGCCUUUGCACAAUCUCCUGCGCUCGGCCUGAGCAAAUGCUACGCCAAAGGUCGAUCCCUCUCUCCGUUCAGGACCUCUGACAGAAAGACGUAUUUCUCUUUAAAAGCCCAUUCGCGGUCGUGGCUGUGUUUUGUGUGGCGUGAAAUACGGUACGUUGUGUACGUGAGUUCCACCGUGAGAGAGAGAUUUGAGACACAGCUAUAUAGAUGCUCACAUACCGAGCUAGAGUCAGAGGUAGCAGUGUAUCUGUGUCUCUCUUUAUACAUCUCCAAGACAACCGUAUGUGAUCGUCUUGAGUCCCAGAAGGUCAGAGCUUGACGUCUUGAGGAAAUCACUGCUAUCCAAGACUCGUGAUAUCGACUGUGAGUCGAUCGAGGCGACCCAAUACAGUGUAGUGCAAGCAGACGCCAUUGGUAAAAUCUCAACGCUAGGCAGGGGCUUAUCCAACACUGAGCACUGCUAGCUCCAUCUCCCUUCACGUGGGUACUCAGCAAACGAAAACCACCUUUCGUAAGAGUGAUGACGUCGUCCAACGUACCCAGCAUGCACUCGCCGACGCUGAGUGAGGAGGAAACGGAAGCUUCGGAUAAGGAGGAGGAGGAGGAAGAGGAGGAGUCAUCUCCCACCGCAUCCACACGCACCGGACAUCCCCCCGUCACUCCGGCAAAGAGGAGUCUCACCAUUUUGCCAUGUUUCAUUUUUGUCGAGUGUGUUGUGCUAGGCGGCGUCGGUGCACUGAUGUACUUUCUGCAGUUCACCAACUUUUUCCCGCCGGUGAAGCAGGGUUUCUACUGCAAUGACAGAGACUACAGUAAACCCUACGUCCAGACUGAGACCAUCCCGCCGCUGAUAAUGUACGGGGUUGCUGUUGGUCUACCCACCAUUGUGAUUAUCCUCGGUGAGACUUUCCUGAUGAUUUUCCAGAAGGCGUCCACAAAUCCGGAUCCUCCGGAGCGAACUAUCCGGUCCGGAAAAUGCCACGUGACGUCAUGGAUGCGUAGGGUCUUCAGGUUCAUCGGUGUCCACCUGUUCGGUGCCUGUUCGACAGUGGUGCUUGCUAACGUGUUACAGAUGAUGAGCGGCAGGCUGACCCCGUAUUUCCUGACCGUGUGCCUGCCUGAUUACAGCCAAGUCCAGUGCCAAGAUAACCCGUUCGUCACGACUGAUAUCUGCACAGGCACCAACCAAACCAUCCAACAGGCCAGAAAGUCUUUCCCCAACAUGCCGACAGCGCUAGGAGGAUACGCAACAGUCUACCUGGCGUGGUACCUACAGGUGACCCUGAGAGUGAGCGGAACCCGUCUACUGAAGCCCCUGCUGGUACUAGGAGCGGCCGGCGCAGCCCUGGCCAACGCCAUGAUCCAGGUCGCGGACUACCGCUGUCACCUGACGGACGCUGCCGUGGGACUAGCGCUCGGCGCAGCGGUGGCGACGUACCUGGUUUUUGCCAUCGUCAACUGUUUCAAGCCCUUCAGGUCACGUGACGAGCUCCUACAGUUCCUGGAUACCGACAGUGACGUCACCAGUACCAUCAGUCCCAGCACCCUGACCCCCUCCAAACCCCUGGCCCUGCCGCGCCCCAGCGUCAGGCAACCCCACAACGACUCCAAUCAUGACGUCAGCAAUUCCAACGUCAACGAUUGGCGGAAAGGAGUGGCCAAUGACAGACGACCUCUGAGAUCGGAGGAGAACUAUAUCACUAGGACGACGUCGGUGUAUAACCCAGCUUAUACACCGUAAAUAGCGUAGUGAUUAUUUAUACUUUUGUGUGUAUGUAUAUUCGUACGUAGAAUCUGGGAGAGCACUAAAGAAUAUGAACAGUUGCGGGCCAUUGGCCCUCCUUUAAUAUUUUAGUAUUUUAUAGAUAUUUGAUUACUAUAGGUUACUUAAUUUGGUACCCCUGCCUUAUACGCACAUUACAUAUGGAUUGGUAUAUACGGACAACUAUAAUCUAUUAACAAAUUAUUGUCAAAAAGCAGGAAAUACUGGAGCGACUUAUUAGCUAAAAAUAAACUUAACAUGGUAAUCUCAUGAUUACACCAGUGACUAAUGACUUAUUAACGAAGAAAAAAAUCUGAAUUUCAAUCUCCGUAGGCCUUAAUUUAAAUAAGUGAUCUCUAAAAUCAGUCUCUUUGGGAUUCGGGCGUAUUUUGAGUCCUCAGAGUUAACUUUUGUGCAGGUGCAAUGUUGUAAUAUUCCAAUUAGACAUAUGUCGACUUCAGCACGUCGGCAGAACGUACUGCAUCUGCGCAGAACCCUGGAUUUUCGCGGUUUUC